AUGGAUACAAAUCCUAUAGCAUCAUCUCAUCCAUUAAAAGUUAAACAGCAACCAAUGGUCUAUGUUAGUUACAACUGGGCUGAUAUCGGUUUUUGCUUAUCAUUUGUGGAAAAAUUACGUCCACUCGCACAGAUGCCAAUUUGGGUUGAUUACGAAAAGGCUAGCGGGUCUGACGACUUGUGGGAUCAUGUUGCUGUGGCUAUUAGACGUGCAACAAUAUUUAUCGUCUUGGUAUCGAAUGCUUAUUGUGAUAGUAGCAUCAACUUUCAAGAAUUAGCCUAUGCAGUGAAGCAUCAUAAUGAAGUUGAUUAG